AUGCUGGUCGCACACGGAAAGAGGCGAGCGGUGGCCGCUGAGAACGCGAACGAAAACAACCAGCGCGUGAGCAGCCGCCUGGGCAAGCUGUGGCGUUCUCUCAGCGUCGCCGACAAGAAGCCUCGCCAGCGCAAGGUGGUCGCAGCUGCCGCCGUCCACAGAAGGAAGCAUCCGGGAUACGUGUACAAUCCGCGUGAGGCCCAGCGGUGCAAGAGGCAGACGCGCAGGACCGAGGCGAUUGCCGGCAAGCUCAAGAAUGGCACUUCCGGGGACGAGCAGCAGCAGCCGAUCAUUUCCGUGGCCGCGGCCCAGGGUCCGCCGCCGCCGCAACAAAGGAACGUCCGCCGCCGCCGCCGCUACAAAGGAACGAACGCCGUGCAACCAGCGCUGUUCGGAACAGCGCCACGGGCGCUGGUCAAGGAAUGCAGCUUGGGCGUCGGCCACUGUCGCGGCGUCGGCUCGCUCGGCUGCGCGUCCCUACAACGUGCACCGCCUGAAACGCCCAGUGCCCUAAGCGUGCUUGAUAACGAGCCAUACCCUACGCUCCUGGACGAAGACGACGACGACUGGGCUGCGGGCUCGCCGUCGUUCGACCAGGGCGGAAACCGGGAGACCCAAGGCUCUGCAGACGGCACCCCAGGCCAAGGUUAG